AUGGCAAAGAAUUGGCUUGCCAGGACAAAAAAAAAGUUCCUCCGGCUUCAUCCGGCGUGGCGCGUGUACGUAAUCGUGCUCGGGCUACUGGUACUGUACAAUGAGGUGCUUAUUUACGUGUUGCAGAAAUUGAAGUGGUCUAAUAUUUAUUGCAAAGAAGCUGGCUGUGUAAGGAUUCUGCUGGUAGCGGAUCCACAAAUUCUGGGCAAAACGUACGACACACAUUUCUAUGCCGGGGCGGCAAACUACGAUUCCGAUCGGUAUCUUGCGUGGUAUUACGAACAAGCGGUAGAACAUGUGCAACCGGACGUAAUCAUAUUUCUUGGUGAUCUCAUGGACGAAGGUACCGAUUCGACGGAGAUACACUUCGAGGAGUACUACUCACGUUUCGGAGCGAUCUUUCCCACCCAUCCGACCGCGAAGGUGAUUUACAUUCCCGGUGAUAACGAUAUCGGUGGCGAUGGUCGGCAACCGCUGAAUCCGAUUGCAAAGCGACGCUUCCGGCAGUAUUUCUCCGAGCGACCGGCUUGGGUGAUCAACGAUAAUCUAACGAUCUACAACAUCAAUCGGAUUACGCUGGAGAUGACACUAAACGAUCCGCGCAUGCUGGACAGCACCGGGACGGAUAUUUCCGACCGGUAUUUGCGCAUAUUUGUUAGCCACAUACCAGUGCUGGACGUGCCAUCCAGCUUCACCUACACGGCGAUACACAAUCUGAAACCGAACGUGAUCUUUUCGGCCCAUUUACACGUUUCUCAGUUUGCCCGCAUACAUCGCAGCCGAUUGAAAACGGUCCAGUAUCGGCCGCUCAGUCAGGACAAGCGUACGGCGUACAAGGUGCAUACGUUUGAUCUGAGCUAUCAUCAGGAUACACAGGAAUUGCUGGAAAUUAUCGUACCCACGUGUUCCUAUCGGAUGAGUGUUCCAGACAUUGGAUACGGCUAUGCGGCGAUCGAUGGUACCACGCUAAAGUACACCGUUCUUUGGACGACACGACGCUUCUAUCAACUGAUCUCGUACGUAGUGAUACUGGCCAUUCCGAUCGGGCUGGGUGUAUUGUAUGUUGUGUACAAAUUCCUACGGGAACACUGCAACUGUCGGUCGAGGUACGAACGCUUGCCGAAGUAA